AUGACAGACGUGAAACGCAUUCUGCACUAUCACAAGGUGCUCAAGAAUUUUCUGGACACCUCCUCAGACGCCCUAACGCCGGUGACCUCGUCCAGAGUCAUCAAGGCUAGAGAAAAGUUGGGCAAGCUUACGAGCUCGCAAUUCUUUGAUCUGAGCACAGAUGUUUACGACGAGCUUCAGCGGCGGACCACCGCGGAGUCGCUGCGGCCGGCGUUCUUGCCGGCGCAGUCCAAUUUCCAUCCUAAGCGGAACCAGGCCAGACAGAAGCUGGCGUCUCUUCCUGCGGGCCGAUUCAAAGAUCUAGUCAACGAUGUUCUUUUUGAGAUCGAGAGACACCAGUCCCAGUACAUCAAGGAAGAAGACCAGAUCCGCAGCCGCGCCGUGGACGACCUGCCGAAGGACUCAAGAGAGACCGCCGAUCCGUUCCAGACCAAGGCGCCAAACGAGAUGCCCAAAAGCCACAGCAAAAAGCAGGAUCUGGUGUUGAACACCGUGGAUCUCAAAACGCCGAUAAGCGACAGGUUCCAGCCGUCUCCCGAUACGCCCACACAGCGGGAGAUCAAGAGCACCAAGGUUGUGCCUCAAAAGUCCGAGUUAUCCUGGUCCAGCGACGAGGACGAAGUUCCUGAGUACAAGCCGUCCGGAAAUAGACGCUCGAACGAGUCUCUGACGGAAAGAACCCCUGCAAAAAGCCCAGCCAAAAGCAUUCCGCCUCCUUCGCCAGCACGCUCCCAGCAGUACGCAGAGUCCUUCAGAAGCCCCGAGGCGGCGCGGCCGAAUGCCACCUCCGCGCCUGCCCAGAGGCUUUCGAACGGCAGAGACAAGGACAAGGACAUGAAGCUGCUGAUGGAGGAGAGCAGCAAGAUGGACAAGAAGAUCUCGAGUCUUGAGUCCGAGUUAUCCGACUUAAAGAAGCAGAAGGCCGAGCUCGAGUCUGCGCACACUCAGCUGUCUUCCUCCCACGACCAGCUCAAAAACGAGCUUAAGAAAUAUAAUAGAAUGUCCAAGGACCUGAAGAGAUUGCUGGAGGAGAAAGAGCAGCUGAAUAGGACCGUCAAGGAGAAACACACGAACAUGGUCGCCCUGCAGGAACAGCUGCGGGGGAUUUCUGACGGCCAGAGCCGCCAAUUGGAGACAGAGAACGCACUGAAAGAGCUCCAAACCAAGCACGACACGCUCUUGGACGAACACAGUUCCGUUAGACAGCAGCUGGAGUCUGUGCAGCAGGAGAACCAGAGAAUGGCUGCCGAGUUGCAGGAGUUGCAGAGCCUCAAACAGGAGAAACAGACUGGCGACAAGCUGGACAGAAUGGUGCAGCAGCACCAGAGUGUUCUGGACACCACAGAAACCAACAAGCUCACAAAUCUCAACAAUGACUUGCUCAAAUGGCAGUCCAGAUACGAGGACGCGAGAUCAGACAAAAUGGCCAAGUCGCUCUCCAGAUCUGUCGCACUGUCUGCUGAGGAUUUGCAGCCACUCACCGACGCCAAGGGUCUGGUCACGAUGAUGCAAGCGGUGAACUUUUUCUCGUCUGUGGACUCGAUGCUCUUGUACGUGACCGAAGACGAGAUCAACACAGACCUAUUAUUUGAGAGAACAGCCGUUUUAGUGACCCGUGCUAACGAGAUCGCCAAUACAGGCAAAGGCGGAUCCGAGGACCUGGCCGACAAGAGCAGGCUGGUGCAGUCUGCCAUCUCGAACGCUCUCACCAGCGCGCGGUACUAUGCCAUGUACAAGAGGUUUAUUCCGAAACUGGUGAUGAACACGGCUGUGAACGAUGUGUGCUUUGCGGUGUCGGACUUUUUGAAGGUGGCCAAGUUGAAGAGUUCUGGCACUGCGCCACUGCCAGUCCAGGAAAACAACCAGAAACCAGUUCCCGAACGGCUGGCUCUUUCGAAUGAUGCCGAGCUCAAGAACAGGACAGGCUCGUCGCUGGAGACGCCUAUUUCUCCGGCCCGGUCUGUUUUGAGCGACGACACAGAAUCGUCUGUCCGGCCGCUCAGAAUCACACAAAAGUUGAGCCAGGAGGCGGCCAACGCUUCUGAGGCUUCCAAAAAGGUUUCCAAGCCUCCUGCGUUCUUGAACGCGUCGCCGGUUGGCACUCCGAUUGGCCAGAUCCUGGUGACGCCUACGAAAGACGCCAAGGACGGGUUUUUCGACCAGUCGAGCAAGACUUCGGAGGAGGCAAGAGAGGUUCCACAGAGGACAAGUGGUUCGCCAAAUAAUUCCGACAAGCCAAGGGACGAGACCAGAGAAGCAAGCAGACCUUCACAGCAAAAAGAGCUGCCUGUGCUGCCAAAGGAGACAUCCAGUCCAUCUACGGUCCAGCCAGAGCAGAAACCCUCUACAGACACCAGCCGCGCCCUCUACAAGAACGCCAACGGCAGCGUGUCGUCGCUGGCCUCAAAGUUCUCUGCCAGCCAGGACCAGGAGUCUCCUCUCAAGCCCCAUGCGUCCAAGUCGUCGCCCAAAGGCAACAUCCUUGCCCGGAUGAAAAUGCUGCAGGAGAACAGCGACAACGACAACUCGCCAACAAGAAGCAGGUCCGGCUCGCCAGCCAGAUACGUCUCUGACACGGCGUCGUCUGCGUUCGACAAGUUUGGAGCGCGCAGGAGGACGAGCGUGGACAGACCGGCCUCGUCGGCCAACGGCACAGAGAAGCCGCAGGAGUCGCCGGAGCCGGCCAGACAGCCGCCAAGCACGUUGGAGCUGCCAAAGCCAGAAAAGCCUGCGUCUGCGGUGCGCGGCAGCGUCUACGACAACCCGAUGACCCAGGAAGAGCCUGUGAGCAGAGACGGUCCGUCUUCCGGGCGGACGAUUCCGAGCGCCGGGAGCGCGCUGCAGCCGCUAAGCGGGCAGCACGAGACCACUGCCGAGAACUUCGAGGUGGACAAGUUCAACACGCUGGACCCGGACAACACGCUCAAGGAGCUGCUGCUGUAUCUGGAGCACCAGACCGUGGAGGUGAUUGCGGCGAUCCAGAAGCUGCUGGAGUCCAUCAAGAACCCGAAGGCCACGAAGCUGCUGCUGAAGAACGGCGCUGGCCAGAUCAUCAAGGUGGUCAAGCAGAUGGCCGAGGGAACGAACACCCUGAUGGCCCAGACGAGGUACGCGGAGCAGAUGGGCCAUGCGCAGUACGUGGUGGAGGUUCUGGAGGACUGUGUGCGGCGGAUGGAGGCGCUGUAUUCCAGCGGAGACGAGCGCACAGACAGAGAGUACGCGGACAAGGCGUUCAAGCAGCGGUCUGCGGGCAUAGCGUUCGACGUUGCUCGCAGCACGAAGGAGCUCGUCAAGACUGUCGAGGAGGCAAGUCUACGCGACGACAUUGCUGUGAUCGACUCGAGACUGAACGGGGGUGUGUAG